CCUGUGAAUCCACUAAAGUAGUAUUGAGCCUUUUUUGGGUGAAGUUAGCUUUAAAAAACCUACUAUGAGUACGUUUUUCCUACCCAAGAGUGAAGGAGCAGAAGAAAAGGGAAUAAAGGACUGUUACAUAACAAAUGAAUCUAACACGUACUACAGGUUAAUGACAUUUGACUUGUAGCACAGACACGCGUCUCUGAAACCGAUGCAGAAGUGAUAAGAUCACAUGGAUGUCACAGUUUCUCCUUUUAGCUCAUCUUUUGAGACAGAUUCAGAUGGAGAAGUGGAAUAAAAAGCAACAGUGGAAAUGGGUCAAACAAUGACGGAUGAGGAGCUGAUCACUUUCACACCCACCUCUCACCCCAUCCGCCUCACUCCUCCUCCCAUCUGACAGACGCCAAACACUGAGCCUCCCUCAUCGCUAUAAAACCUCCUCACCUCCAUGACUGUCAGGGACAUAAACAUCCUGAAGUGUCUGUGCUUAUCUGACUGGCUGAGGUGGAUGCAGAUACUCUGAGGAGCUCGUGUCAGCGGAGAUGUUGGCAGGUGCGCUAGUUCUGGGCACCAUCCUCACAGCUUUACCAGGUGCUCAGAGCAGGUGGAGUGUGUCGUUUUCCAGAAGAGUGAUCUGUGUGUGGGCAGGAACUACAGUGACUCUGCCCUGCCGUUAUGACUACCCCUCAAGUCACACUGUGAGGCGCGUUAUGUGGUUCCGUGUUUCUACUGAGGGUCGCAGGGAGUUUGCUCACCACACCGACCCCAACCAGAUCAGCCCGUCCUACCGCGGGCGCACGCGCUACACCGGGGGAAGCUACUCCAGCUGCUCGGUUCAGAUUCGGGGUGUGCAGCUGGGCGAUGCGGGUCAGUAUCACUUCAGGUUUGAGACAGACCAACCGCUGGGGAGAUGGACCUCACCUGACACCAUUACUCUGGAUGUAACAGAGCUCCAGGUUCAGGUGCAUCCAGCUAGGCCAAGCAACAUGUUUGGAUUUGGAGAAACAGUCUUUGUAGGUUGCCAGGCCAGAGGAUGUGCUGCCCCGGGGAGAAGCUUGGUACUUUACAGGAACGGAUUGAACCUCGGCUCGUAUGAGAAGAAGAUGAUUAACCGCUUCGACCCGCAGCACGCAGGCGCAUACACCUGCCGACCAAUCCCACCGCAGAACGUCCAGUCACCGUCGGUCUCCCUGACAAUGGGGUAUAGUCCUCGCUCCACUUCCAUUGCAGUGUUUCCUGCCGGAGAGUUGUCAGAGGGGGGUUCAGUCACUCUGACCUGCAGCAGUGAUGCAGCCCCACCUGUUGAGAGCUUCGCAUGGUUUAAAGACAUGGAGAGUGGCAGCAUUCCAGACAGCUUCCGUCCUCAGCUCCACCUGUCCUACCUAAAGUACACAGACAGAGGAGAGUACUACUGCGUCGCCCGCAACUCCCUGGGAACAGAGCGCUCCGGAUCACUUCUUCUCAACGUCAGCUACUCUCCCAAAAACACACACGUGUGGACGAGUCCUCAGAGGGACAUCAGAGAGGGCUCGUCUGUAAACCUGAGCUGCAGCAGCCACGCCUCCCCUCCUCCCAGCAGGUAUGUUUGGUAUCGAAUCACAGGUGACCAGGUGGUGCCUAAAGGUCACAAUCAGAACCUGACCUUUCCUUCAGUGGGGGCUCAACAUGCGGGUCAGUACUACUGCAUAGCAACAAACCGACUGGGUUCCCAAUCCUCUCUUGUUUCUUCGCUAACAGUCCUCUAUCCCCCUAAGAACACCUCAAUUCUGGCGCGUCCUUCCAGCGUGGUGGACGCGGGCCGACCCCUGACCCUGACCUGCAGCAGUCAGGCCUACCCAGCCGUGGACAACUUCACCUGGCACAGACUCGCUGUGGAUGGUGGCACUGUACACUCAUGGGUCACCAAGUCUGGGCCCGUCUUCACCUUCUCCGAGGUCGGUCCUGGGGAGAGUGGUCAGUAUUACUGCGAGGCCAGGAACCGAAUCGGAGCCCACAGCUCUCCGGUCCUGACAGUCAGAGUCAGAGGUCGUUUAAAGGCGAUCGCUUUGGCUUCAGCGGUGGGCGUGUCUGCUGGUCUCAUCACGCUGACGGUGGCCGUCAUGAUCAGCAAGAACAUGCACAGAGUAGACACAGAGUCCGUAGACGAUGUAAACAAGCAUCCAGCGGCGACAUCCGACACCGUGUGCUGCGAGUCAGCCGAACAAACCCUCCCUGUCAGAAAAGGCAAGAUGUCCGACAUCCCGGAGGAGUCGGAGGAUUUAAGUGACACCUCCCAUCCCUCCAUCGUUCCUCUGAUGGACGCUCCGCCAAUCAAGGAAGUUUCAGGCCGCAGCUCCUCCUCCAACUUCAUCACUGUGCAUUACUCCAGGAUGUCCAGCCCAGAUCAGGUCCAGGUGCACAACAUGAGAGGAGAGAGGAAACCGAGGGAUUCUUCCAAAGUUGUUUACACUUUACUGCCCCAGCCUGGGCACUAAGCAGGAGGAAACGCCUCGUUAGAACACCUGGACCGGCCUGGUGUGAACCGCACUCUUUGCUUUCAUCACCUGGUGGCGCAGAGCGCUUCCUGUAUCAGUGAAUCAUGUUACACCAUUCCAGUUCAGGCAGCAGAGGACCUCUCGGUGAACCCGGCUCCUGAACUCUGCUGCAUGUCUUCUCCUCUUUUCUUUCAGUGCAUCCCAGAGUGGCAUGCUGUCCAGUGAAGUGAAAAUGCUUUAAAGUUCUUAAAGGGUAAAACACAAAUAUAUAAAAAAAACUUCACGCUGCCUGGUUUGCACAUUUUGGCACUAAAUGUAUAUUUGGUAUGUUGUUUUUUUGCUUUCUCUGAUCAUUUAGACUGCUGAAUGUUUGUAUUCUGACAUAAUUGUCUGUGAUAAGACUAAUGGUGUGAAAUUAGGAAUAUUAGGGGAGAAAACCACAAGAACAAGGCUUGAUAUUAUGUCAACCUUUGGGGUACAUUUUGACAUCGCAGUGGUUGGGAUCUGAUUCCUUACUCUCUGCGUCUUUGUUGAAUGCAGAUUAUUUUAACUAACUGUAACCUAAAAGGUGAAAACAAGGAUAGUGAGGAAAUAUUAAACUGAAGUGACUUCUCACUUUGUUCUUUUCUAGUUUACUACUGAUUGUGAAUUAUAGUUUGGCUAUAAAUAAACGUAAUCUGCUUAUCGACUGAAUUACUAAUUAUAACUGUCAAUUUGACUUUUUUCACAACACAUUUGAGAAAUUCCUGUGACUCUGACCCGCUCAAGAAUUUGUUGCCACAUGGAGGUUUUGUUCUUUUUGUCCGUCUUACAACACAGAUAUGAUGUUACAGAAUGUGGGGAAAUUAAACAUGGCAGCUACAUUA